AUGUCGUAUCCUGAGGAGAAUGAGAUUCGCUCCAUACGGGUCGACGGAUUGCCGCCGACGAACGAUGCGAUUUAUCUCUUCAGCUGCUUCCAUGACAACGCCAAGGUUUUGGCUGCAACGGUUUUGCGUAACUGGCUAACACAAGUGCCGCUAGAUUAUGGUUUUGUGGAGUUUGCUUCUCGGAGAGAUGCUGAGUUUGUCUUGGAAUCCUACAAUGGUGAGCGGAUGCCCAACUUGAGUCAUGAGAGGAGAUUCUGCCUCAGCUGGGACACUGAUGGUUCCGGUACUAGGUGGCGCUGGGAUUAUUUUUACCAAGGUUGCUCUUUCUUUGGUUAUAAUGAUAUUGGUAAAGAUCUGGAUGCCUAUACAGUGAUCAAGGAGCUGCAAUCUGCCUGCCCAAAUACGUGUGGAGAUUCAGGGGACACAGAAAACCAGCUAGAUCAUGCAAAGUCGAAUGGUUUAAGUCCUGAUGGCUAUUUGGAAACGGAUGUUGACAAGCGUUUGAAGCUUACGGACAUGCCUCUCACUCAUCCAAACAUGUAUCAACAAGGAUGUUCCGGCCCUAGUCUUACAAACCAACAGAACCAACCAGACCCGAUGCAGUGGAAUGGUGCUUGUGGUGCUGCAUAGGAAAUACCGACUUGACCGGUGUCCUUGUGGUCUAACUCAAUCCAUCCAUGAUCCAUAUAUUGGUAUUGUGGUCUGGCAGAUGAGAAUCACAGGUUGGGACUUCUGAGAGUGUCCUUGUGAAAUAGGAAAGUUGAAUGG